AUGCAGCGAGCAUUCAGAAACGGCAGAGCACUGGCGGCGCUGCUGUUUUCACUCUGCUACCUGUGUCUCGUCGCCUCGGCACAGUCUGAAACCAACAGCAACAAGACAUCUGGCCCUGCUGUCAGCAGCAAUACCAACGCCAUCACCAGCGUCAGCUCUUCAGCACAAGAUGCACGCAACAGCGAUACACGCCAGACCACAUGUCGUACUGGCACCGUCAAUUAUAUCACUCAUUCAUUGCCUCAGCAGUGUCUGAGCCGCUCUACCCCGACCUCGAACUCGACCAGCCUCUCCCCUGCCGUUACCCUCAACUCUUCCAGUACGCACUCGAUCUCCCUGUCAAGUAGUGUCGCUCAGGAAGAGCCUCAUUCGACCUCAUCGGAGACCCAACCUUCUUCCGCGACGCAACCUGAAGCCGAAUUCGAGACAGACUCACCGCUAGACAAUGCCAACUUCUUAUCGUUCGAGGAAUGGAAGAAACAGAACUUGGCCAAGGUUGGUCAAUCGCCUGAUCAUGUCGGCCAAAAGUCCAAUUCUGGACAGGACAAGCCUCGCAAUCCUCGCCCGAUUGACCACGCCCUCGAUAUACUUGGUGAAGACUCGGAAAUCGAGCUGGACUUCGGUGGCUUUGGGAGACCAGACAGUCCUUCAUCGUCGAUUGCCAGUUCUCAACCCACUGUGGCUUCCGAACCAACUCUUCGAAGCAAAGAUGCUGGCAAGACUUGUAAAGAACGCUCCAACUACGCUUCAUUUGAUUGUGCCGCAACUGUGCUCAAGUCCAACCCUGAAUCCAAGUCCGCCCACGCUGUCUUGAUCGAGAACAAAGAUAGCUAUAUGCUUAACAUCUGCUCGAGUUCUAACAAAUUCUUGAUCGUCGAACUGUGUAAUGACAUCCUUAUCGAUACUAUCGUACUGGCAAACUAUGAAUUCUUCUCUUCGAUCUUCCGCAACUUCAGAGUUUCGGUAUCUGAUCGAUAUCCUGUCAAAGCUGAUCGUUGGAGAGAACUUGGUGUUUUCGAGGCCAGGAACACUCGUUCAGUUCAAGCCUUCUUGGUUGAGCAGCCCUUGAUCUGGGCCAGGUAUCUUCGAAUCGAGUUUCUAACUCAUUACGGCAAUGAAUAUUAUUGUCCGGUCAGUCUUCUCAGAGUACAUGGUACCACAAUGAUGGAAGAGUUUCGCCACCAGGAGGAGCUUGCUCGUGGAGAGAUUAGCGAUGAUUUAGAGGAGUCUGUCAUGCCUGAUACAUUACCGUCUGCUGCUCAGGAACCUCCCCAGAAAGCCCCUCAAGAACCCCUCCACAGUAGAUCUGUCUCUGUCAACUCUAGCUUGAAUGCUUCUGCUGACUCCAGUGCUCAUAUUAAGAGUGUAAAUUCGAGCAUCAAGCAGUCAUCUGUAGCCUCCGACACUCAUCAUAAGCCCAGUACAUCGACUGUGUCUUCAGCUCAUUCCAACCCCACUACUCAGGAAUCUUUCUUCAAGUCUAUCCACAAACGUUUGCAGAUGCUUGAAAGUAACGCUACGCUGUCUCUACAGUAUAUUGAGGAACAGUCCCGCAUUCUGCGUGAUGCUUUCAUCAAAGUUGAGAAACGGCAGAUCAAGAAGACCGAGGCAUUCCUCGAGAACUUGAAUGCAACCGUGUUUGCCGAGCUCCAGGACUUCAAACAACAGUACGACCAGUUGUGGCAGAGCACGGUGAUUGAGCUUGACAACCAUCGAGACCAAUACCAAAGGGAGAUUCACGCCGUCAGCGUUCGCUUGAGCAUUGUCGCUGAUGAGCUGCUAUUCCAGAAGCGGAUGGCUAUAGCUCAGAUGACUGUCUUGAUGGUUUGCCUGGGUCUUGUUUUGUUCGUACGC